AUGAAAAGUUCUGUAUAUACUACAGUGAUUGUUUUAUUGGCACGUUCCAGCACAUCAUUUGGCUUUCAAGCUUCGCACCAAUUGAAGAAGACACUGUCGACACAUACGUCCUUGGCGGCCACACAAAUGGCAGAUCCUGCGACGGUAUCCAAUCGGGUGUUCGAAACAGACAAAAGACCCAUUAUUUUAUUCGAUGGUGUUUGUAAUUUAUGCAAUAAUGCAGUCAACCUCGCUCUUGACUGGGAUCCUGAAGGCAAGCUUCGAUUCUCUGCCCUGCAAAGCAACGUUGGCAGAUCAUUAUUACAAGUCAACGGAAGACAAGCAGAUGACAUUAGUUCGAUUGUUGUCGUAACUGAAGCUGGAGCAUUCAUCAAAUCGGAUGCCAUUCUGGUCAUUUCUGAAGAAUUGUCACCUGUUCCACUGUUACCAAUGAAACAUCUUGCGAAACUAGGCCGCUACCUUGUUCCCCAGUUCCUGCGCGACAUAAUCUAUGACGGAGUGGCUGACAAUCGCUACCAACUGAUGGGAAAGAGGACAGAAUGUCGAUUUGAUGCUGACGGGGAAUUUGAAGAUAGGUUUGUGGAUGACGAUCUCUCACUUCUGUAG